UAUAUAUGGAAUAGCAUAGCAGGAUGGUAUUUUUAUAAUUUCCCCUUCACGUGAUCGUCAACACUGUAACGUUUUAACGCAGUUCCCGCUCGUCAAUACAAAUUCAAAAAGCUACUCUAAGUUAACACUUGACAGACAAAUCUGAUACUAGACUCUGCUGCUGCUGCAUCCAUUGAUUACUCUUGCAGAGACCCCAAAAAUGGAGACGGAUCUUUCUCUCAUUGAGAUUUCAGGGGAAGACGACUCGCUGCUCUCUAUUCAACACAUCUCUCCCGACGCCGCCGCCGCUACCGACAACUCCUAUUUCUCUUGCUCUCCUCUUCUCCCAAUCCCUAGAUCCACCUGCUCUCUCCAUCCUCCGUCUCAACUUCUCGCCUCUCCAGUCGAGAGUAGAAAGGGAACAGACGAUACGUGUAUACCAAGCUCUUCAUCUUGUGAAGAUAGUAGAGACAAUAAUAUGAACAAGGAAAAUGUUAAUCUGAACAAACCAGAACCGCCUAAACUCAGCCUUGAGCCGCAGCAAAUGAAGAGGAAGAAAAAGGGUGGAGGAUACAACCUGCGCAAAAGCUUAGCAUGGAAUAGAGCUUUCUUUACCGAAGAAGGUGUUUUGGAUCCUUCAGAAUUAUCAAUGCUUAGUGGGCAUUCAGGCAAGUCUAGCGGGGAAAUGUUGUCAAUUAUCCAUGAAGGCAGAGAAUCACUCUGCGGCGAACUGGAUAGCAUCAGUGACUCACCUGAUUUACAAUCACUUGAACAUAAUUUAUUCAAGGAGCUUCCUUCAAGCACUCCAACAAAAAAUAGAAACAAUGCGGCUAAAUUGACAACCCACCUUGGUUCGCCAGCAAAAGAGAAAAAAGGACCAGCUUCUGCGGCCAAGCGAAAGGUUCUUUCAACCCAUGAUAUUAAUAGAAGUGCUUCUAAGCGUAAUGGCUGCCCACGACAAGUGGCUUCAUCACAUCCAAAAGCGAACACAACAAAAGUGGCAACUAAAACCUCAAGAGUUUCAAAACUGCUGGGUCCAAAGCCUGAUCCUUCAGUUGUUUCAACAACUUCUAGAAGUUCUGCAACUAAUGUCAGCCACUCUAAGAGAAAUUAUAUUUCUCAGCCAGGUGAUAAAUUUAAUGCGCAGAAAAAUAUUGGGUUGAAGGACACUUCAACAAAUACAAAAACUGUCAAAAAUAGUGCACAGUCUGCUCCUGCUGGAAAAUCAAUCAUAAAAUCCACAGCUCAUCAGACAAGAAGAAAUGUGGUAAAGGUCUCAGGGCCAGUAAUAGAUAUGUCAUCCAAAGUACAGCUUCCCCAGGGUAGCCAAUUGAAUAGUAGUUCAGAAGUAGUUCCAGUUUCAGUAGUUCCCUCUGUUGUUUGUCCAGCAAAAGGCCAUGAUAGCAAUGCCAGCAAAAUUGCAUUUUCUUUCUCUCAAAUUGGUUGCUUUAAUGGUGGAAACAUGCAAUCUACACAACCCCAACCAGCGAAACCAUCAGGCUUGCGAAUGCCAUCACCAUCACUGGGAUUUUUUGGUCAGUCAAAAUCUUCUGGUUCGCAUAGCCUGCUACAGAGAAGUACGCAAUGCAAUCUCCCUGAUUCUAAUAUUCCUAAUAAAAGCAAAGUUGGUGCCAUAAAUUCUAUUCAUCAAAAGCCCCCCCGACCAUCCAGGAAUAUACCUUCAUGCUCAAGUACAGCAUCCUCAUCUUCUGUGAAUGCUGCCUUGUGUGGAAAGAUAAAACCUAGCAAAGAAUUGAACAGUAUACAGAAGGUGACAUUGCAGGUGCAACUUAACUCUGAGAGUUCAACAAAUUGUAAGCGACAGCCGCAUGAUAUUUGUGGUGAUGCUGAUACACAAUCUCUAGAUCUUGCAGAACCAUAUAAAAUUCUGAAGAUCUCUUCCGUGGAGCAUGUGGCACAGCAGAGCAACGAUAAUAAGUUGCCUUUUCAAAAUGUUCCAUGUGAACAAUUGGAACAAGAUGAUGUCAGGAGUGUUAUUAAUGCUUGCGUCGGAACUAGAGACACAAAUGGUUCUGGUCUAGAGUAUCCCCAUUCUACAUCCUCUCACAGCCUUCCAAUGGAAGUUGAAGGCCCUGAGGCAAAUAAUACAGCAGUCAACCAAUCUCUAGAUCUUGCAGAACCAUGUAAAAUUCUGAAGAUCUCUUCCGUGGAGCAAAUGGCACAGCAGAGCAACGAUAAUAAGUUGCCUCUUCAAAAUGUUCCAUGUGAACAAUUGGAACAAGAUGAUGUCAGGAGUGUUAUUAAUGCUUGCGUCAGAACUAGAGACACUAAUGUUUCUGGUCUAGAGUAUCCCCAUUCUACAUCCUCUCCCAGCCUCCCAAUGGAAGUUGAAGGUCCUGAGGCAAAUAGUACAACAGUUAACCAAAAUGUGGAAGACAGGCAGUACAAUCCCACUACAAAGGAACAUAGUUUCUGUUCAGAGUCUCAGUCUGCAGGGGGGAAAAAUAACUGGGGUGGGGCUUCUUCAAGAGUGCAUGAAGCCAAGGAGCAGAGUCCCCAACAAGAUGAGCUGAUGAAGCCUGACAGCUGCCAAACUGAUUUCAUUUCUAAUGUGGAGAGCCAGAGGCUCAAUGGUGUUUUGUUUGAGCACAGCAGAGCUUCAGAAGAUAUUAACAAACAUGAUAGUUCAAAGGCUGCAGAUGCUAGUCUAAAAGUCCAAGAGUGUGGUGCAACAGAAUAUUGUCAAUCUCACAUUACAUAUUUAGAAUCCACAAAAGAGGGCACUACUGGAAUUAAUUACUUGAAUAGGGAGUUGCAUGUGGGAGAUGCACAAAUCCUGUGUGUGGAGGGUAAUAUGUUGGUUAAAAGUGGCAAGGUUUCAUUGAGCACUUUAACAGUGGAUAACUCAAACUUGAUUAUUGAUUAUCCAAGUGCAAAAUCAGCAGAACAAGCGGAGCUUCUAAAUCCCUGUCUUGUAACAGAACCAUCGUCUCAGUAUAAUAGCAGACCACUUUCUAUCAGUUGCUUAUUGCCUGGAAAAGGCAUUGAAGAGGACCAGGAGAAAGAUGUCCUUCAGAGUUUUGAAUCUGAUGAAUCAAGAACUAGUGCUUGUGAAGGUGAAUUGGGAAGCUCCGAUGUUCUUUUUUCAACAUCUCCUGUAAACCAUGAUUCUGGUCUUGAUGGAGCUGGAAAGGUUGCAUGCAUACAUAUUGAAAAUGAUUUAACAGCUUCUGUAAACAUUGAGCCUGUGGUUGAAAAUUUUAGGCGUGACAUUGAGCUUAGUGGUGAAGCUAACGCGACAGCGGAAAGGAUGGGCAAGGGCGAUAUGAUUGGUGCAGUCAUCACUGGUGGUGUUAAGGUGAAUAAUUUUUGUUCACGCAUCACAUCCCAAAUUAGCUCUGCCAUCCUAGUUGAAGUUUCUUCUAGAAUAAACGAUACGAAUGAGCAUGAAUUUGUCCUUGACAAACAGUUGGAUUCCUCAACGAAAAAUUUCACUACCAUCACUGAUUUACAGCCAGCUAAUGAAGCUUGUUAUAGAGAAAGUGAUUCUUCCAUACUGCACAAUGAUUGCUUUAAUGGUAUGCACGAUGUGAAAGAAGAGUCUGUUGACCAAUUUAAGCUGAUAGCUUCUUGUGCUCAUGAAGCUGAACAGGGGAGUCAGAGUCGAGAGGCGCGUGAUGAUAAUCUUUCGAAUGAUGAUAACAGAUCCUUUGGAGGCAUCAGUGCAGUGGGUGGAAGUGUAUCUGAAAUUCCUCAGAGUCUACACCAAUGUGAAAUCAGGGAAGCUGAACAUGCUGGAGUUGAUGAUAUGAUUAAGGACAGACUUAUUGAAGAUGCAGUACCACAGCAUUUAGAUAAUAAUUUGACAGUGGAUAGCUACAACAGCAAUGCUAGUACCUCACUGACUGUUGAGAAAUCUUCGCUGAUGGUUGAUGAUAUCAGUAGACAGCCUAAACAAUGUCCUGAGCUUCAAAAUCUUGAUGUUAUGAUUGAAGAAGUUCCUUCGGAAAAUAAUGGAUUGUGUUCAGGUGACAACUUGUUGCUUGUGAAUACUGUUGAAUCUCAGGAGGAAGAUACACGGGAGAAUAUUUCAGGCACUGUUUUAGAGCAAUGCGACAGUUUACCAGCUGCAUCAACAAGUUUUGAUACUGACAUUCAAACGAACCCUGUGAUGCAUGAUGCUGGUUUUAAUAUGGAUAAUAACUCCGAGCUUCCAUCAAUGGAAAAUAUCAGAUGGUUUGCAGAUUGUAAGUGCAGAAAUGAACUUGACAAUCAAGCACAUCCUUGGAAUUUCGAUUCAUCCUCCAAGAAAAAUGAAGACCGUAAGGCAGUGGCAGGGGCAGUGGAUACUUCUGACUCUAAUAAGACAUUAGAUGGAAGUACCCGGCAGGAUGCAGAAGUCAAUUUAGUAGAGGGUAAUAAUUUGCCUGUGGAAGCUGAAAUUGCGAUCUACAAAGGCAACGGUGCUGUGUCCUCAGAAGUAGUCAAGGAAGCAACACUCUCUCUAAAGAAAUCUGGGAAUGACAAGAGGCAAGAGGCACUUGUAAUAAGACCUCCACAAAAUGCUGUUCCUUUUUCUGAUGAAUGGUUAGCUGCCUUUGAAGCUGCUGGAGAGGAAAUUCUAAUGAUGAAAGGUGGCGCUGUACAAAAUUCACCCCAGGACAAGUCUUUACCUGAACCUGGUCCUUGGUCCCCGGUUAAACGGAAAAAUAACCAAGGGGUAGGACCAUUUGACUGUACAAAAUUCACGAACUCCAAUAUCCCAUCUUCCAAUUCGAACUGAGGAGCCAGGAUUUCAGCCAAGUAAUCGAAAGAUUUCAUCAUUAGAAUGUGCAAUAUUUAGCCCUGGACUCUAUUCCAAUUGAGAAGAUAUUUCAGCUGAUAAUUCUUUUGUGAAUAACAAUGUGACCAACCAUUAGAAAACUUCGAGCAACAAUGCUUUGCCACUGUUACAUUUUAGACAGAGACAUUAUAGGAUUUCUUUAAUUCUUUUUGUUGUGUCAGUAAUGAGAAACCAAAUGUACAUUUCUUACAAUGGAUGCUUUGCUUUUUUUUUUUUCUUUUGACCUCCUGAGAUUGAAUGAAUAUAUUCUGUAUUAUGAUUAAUUA